ACACUUAUUACGCACACUCUUGACUAGCGAGACUGUGGCUCUAUCAUCUCUCAGGGAGCAGAGCACAGUAGCGAGGGCAGUCUUCUCAGAAACACAAAAGCAGCUUCGAGGUGUCAGUACAGCCAAAGAAGAUGCUGAUGAAGCCAACGUGAUGCCAUGGACCAACAAGAAUCAGCCACACAAACAGAAAGCUGUUAAACAGCCAUCACAGGCAUUAAAACAGAAAGGAGUUCUGCAGAUGUAUUAGUCUCAGUCAGUAGUAGCACUUUUCAAAAGAGCAAAGUUGUUUAAACAAUUUCUAGCAAUACUUUUUAGUGAUAUUGUACUACGUGUGAAUGGGGUUACUGGUGUGGUUGAGUCACAGGAAAGCAAAAAAUCUAUCUUUUAAGCCCAGCAAGAACAGCAAGCAGUCAAGGAAAUUAGCAGCUGAGGCAAAGGACAUUUUGGGUAACGGAGGGGUUACAUUGGACCAUGGAGACAUUGAGUUUAGACUGCAUGCAUCUGCAUCUUAAUAAAUGGAAGCACCAAAAACACCCUGUGCAGGUUUGUUAUGCAAUGACAUAAAUGAGAGACUAAGGCUUAUAAUGUAAAUGUCACAAGCUCUUUUCAAGCUUAUAACUAACCAAAAAAAAGGCUAUGGUUCACCUCAAGCUCCAGCUGUGACGUCAGAUUGUCUCCAGUGAAGCACCAGCCAUAAUGUUGUCACAAGUGGUGCUGGGUGUCACUCUGACCCUCCUCAUCAUUCUGACGGUUGGUGGUAAUGUGCUGGUGUGCCUGGCUGUCUGCGCCUCCCGACGCCUUCGCUGCCUCACAAACUGCUUUAUCGUGUCACUGGCUGUGACGGACUUGCUGCUCGGCCUCUUGGUGCUCCCCUUCUCCGCCCUCCAUCAGCUCACAGACGACUGGCCCCUCGGCCCGAUCUUCUGCAACUUUUACAUCUCCAUGGAUGUGAUGCUGUGCACCGCCUCCAUCCUCACCCUCCUGGCCAUCAGUGUGGACCGCUACCUGGCAGUGACCAUGCCUCUGAGAUACACCUCACUGGUGUUGCCAUGGAGAGUUGCCUUGGCUAUGGCCAGUGUUUGGACAGUGUCUGUUGCUGUGUCCUUCUUGCCCAUCCAAAUGGGGUGGAACACUGUUAAUGGCACAGUGCAAAACCACGGGCCCUGGGCUCCAGAGAGAAAAUGCCGUUUUGAGCUGAACAGACCCUACGUGCUGACAGACUCUCUUCUCACCUUCUACCUGCCUCUGGUGGCUAUGUGCUGGACCUACCUCCGCAUACUCCGCAUUGCACGGGCACAAGCCAAACGCAUCAUCGGUGCCCGACCCACUUGCAUCACGAGCUACAACUGCAGUAACAAUCCUUCCAUCACUACCACUGUGGUCUCCAGUGUAACAGCAGUAGCUCUGCGGGAGCACAAAGCCACAGUGACACUGGCUGCAGUUAUAGGGGCUUUUGUGGUGUGCUGGCUGCCAUAUUUCAUCCUGUUCACAGUGUUGGGCCUAAAGGAGCACCCGGACCCAAGCACAGUAGCAGCAUUUCCCAUUGUGUUGUGGCUUGGUUAUGCCAACUCAGCUCUCAACCCUAUCCUGUAUGGAGCCCUCAACAGGGACUUCAGGUCAGCAUACAACCAUCUACUGAGAUGUAGAUGCCCCACCUACAGUGGGUGGAGGAGCCGGCAGCCGUCUCCCACUUUAACAGCAGCCAGAGAACAGCUUACAGAGGUGACACUGCUGUGCGACCACUCCCCUGCCACCUGCAGGGCCGGUCUAACAGAGCCAAGUGUAAUGCUUCAAGAAAUAAACAGUGGGACAGCCCCAGCUCCUAUUCAACUUACAAAUGGCACUGCUGCUACAGAUGUCAAUGGCAAUGAAAGGUCAUGCUGAGCCUGUGCUGGUGAGGUGGGUGCUGUGUUCCCUAUACUGCGGUUGCAACCAAGAGCCAGAUCCAUCCGCCCUAAGAAGAAGAGCAACAGACUGACAAAAAGAUAGACAGACAUUUACAGCCCUUCUAUUUGGAAGCCUUCAGUACUGCAGUAGAAGCUCCGGUAAUUGACCACGUAAGUAGAUAUAGACACAGACAUCCCUUUAACCCCCACAGAGCAGGUCAGGCCCAGAACAAAUGAACUGUGACACACAGACCACCGCGGAGUUGUCCACGCUGCAACAGGCCAUAUGGCAUUAUGCUUAUUAGGCCAAGAAAUAUGCUUUCAGCGCAGAGGUACAUCAUCCAGUUUCACAUCCUGCUUUCAUGUCUCUGUUCACACUUUGUGAACAGUUUCGACUUAGUGGUUUGCUGUGCUGUUUUGUAAAGUGUGUAAUAGUUUAACUUAAGUUAAGUAAUUUGUUUCUUCAAGAUUAACAAAACAUUGUAAAGGCUGCCUGGUAAAAGCUGUAUUCAAUGUUCAAUACAUAGAACAUUUACACUUUCCAAAGCAAAUAUGAGCAUAGUCUAACAGUAAAUUAAAAAAGGCCAAUGAGGCUUGAAUGUAACUAGCAUCGUGAAUCAUGUUUUAAAAGUGUAUUAGUUUAAAUAUCUGUUUCAAACUUUCAUUUACUAAUGCAUUUCCUAACCAACAAAAAGCAUUCAAAGACUAAUUUUAUUUAUUUUAUAAAUGCCUGAAAAACUAUGAAAUGACUGUUUCUUGAAAUGUUUAAUUACAGCAUUUGUUAGGUAACAAUUUUCUUGUAUAAAAAACGUAUAACCUCCUGUAUCACCCAUCCUACCUCCUGAACAUUACUGUGCAGCCUUGAUUUGUUUGUGAUUGUUGAUGCAGAAAACUGACUUAUCUCUAUGAAUAGGAGCUCAUCCAAACCCACCACAGUGGUUAAGUAAAUGAUUCUUUCAUCCCUGCAUUUUGUACUUCCAAGGUGAUUGAAAUCUCUUGAUUUGUGUGUCUCUUCUACCUGUCAGCAACCACUUUAUCCAAAAAUCAACAUCAAAAGUUGGAGAAAAUUGGACCUCAGGUACACCACACCUCAUCAGCAGGCACACAUUUCCACACACAGCCGGCCCUCUACUCGUUCAGGACCGAACAAAGAUGAUGACUCCUCCGUGGAUGGAGCUAAAGGAAUCCUUCCACUUCAGCCAACCAUCACAUAGGGUAACACAUGGUGCUGAUAUACUCGAACUCUGGUUACUAUUGAAGCUCUGGAGGACUGAAUGAGACCUGCUCAUUAACUUAUUGCUCAACAAUUUUAGGAACUAUAUAAUUUAUGCUGACUCAAGAGUGCACUCCAGUGGAAACACCAAGUAUCACAACUUUAACCUGGACAAAGUAAAUACAAAUGGGUGUUUUACAAAAUCAAAAGAAUGGAAGAGAAAUAGGUGAUAAAUAGAACAUUAUUAAAAGGUACCUUUUUAUGUUGUGUUGAUACCACAUGUGUAAGUAUAGCAUACAAAUGAAUGUUACGUGUAUACUUGUAGAAUACAGAAUAUGUCUUUAUCGUUGCUCAGUCAUGGCAUAACGCUUGCAAGUGUAUGUAUUGUAUGAUAUGUAAAACGCUGGACGUUAUCCGUUACUGAAAAAUACAAAAUUGCAACCAUAA